AUGGACGGCAGCGACAGCAAGCUCACCAGCUCGACCAACAGCUAUCAACAGUGUCUUUUAUCAGCCCUACUUGAUGAGAAGCCAACCACUAUAUAUGCGCUCUCCACUGCCCCUGGCAGAGCUGCUAUAGCCAUCAUUCGAAUUUCGGGACCAGAUUGCAUUCCAAUAUACAAUGCUCUCUGUCCGAACAGAAAACUCCCAAAACCUCGAUUUGCCGCUCUUCGUACAAUAUAUGAACCUGGCAAACCAGUAUCGGCUGAUAACGCCCUAGACUCAGGCGCACUUGUCUUCCAUUUUCCAGCACCCAACACAGUCACAGGAGAGGAUGUGCUCGAACUGCAUGUCCACGGAGGCCCUGCGGUAAUCAAGUCUAUCCUCAGCGCGAUUCCAAAAUGUGCAACCCCUGGAGAUGCUCCAUCAGCAUCUAUUCGUUACGCCGAACCGGGAGAGUUCACCCGCAGAGCGUUCCUUAAUGACCGCCUCGACUUGCCGCAGAUUGAAGCUCUCGGUAAUACACUAGCUGCGGAUACAGAACAACAGCGCCGACUUGCUAUUCGAGGUACAAAUGAUACUUUAUCUACGCGGUACGAGCAGUGGAGAAAGCAGCUUUUGUAUGCUCGAGGUGAACUGGAAGCUCUAAUAGAUUUUUCUGAAGACCAACAUUUCGACGAAUCGGUGGACGAUUUUAUAUCCUCUGUUACCGGUCAAGUUGAUAGUCUACUGCAUCAGAUAAAUUUACACAUCGAGAACGCAUCAAAGGGUGAGCUUCUCAGGAGUGGUAUUAAGGUCGCACUCCUGGGAGCACCAAACGCUGGAAAAAGCUCAUUACUGAAUCAGAUUGUUGGACGGGAUGCUGCUAUUGUAAGCAGCGAAGAAGGUACCACGAGAGAUAUUGUUGAUGUCGGUAUAGACCUUGGGGGUUGGCUGUGUAAAUUUGGCGAUAUGGCCGGACUACGAUCCAAGCUAUCGCAAAGCCAAAUUGCCGCCCAGGGUCAUGUGGUUUCGACAGUCGGCAAGAUUGAGGAAGAAGGGAUCCGCCGUGCCAAAGCUCGGGCUCUUGAGUCUGAUGUAGUGGUGGUCGUGCUCUCUGUUGAAGGAUCGAGAGAACAAGGAUUGAGUUUAGAGCCAGAAGUUGUUAGCGCUGUCCACAGCUGCCUCAAGCUUGACAAAAAGGUCCUAGUGGCCAUCAACAAAACGGACAUGCUCUCCGUGAAGCCAGGAUAUCAUGUCAUGCCUAACUAUAAAGCUCAGGUGUCUGCAAUCUUUGGAGGCCUAGACCCAGACCUGAUAUUUCCGAUAUCCUGUCAAGAGGCUCAAAAUUCCACUGGCCAGGAUCCAGGCGGCAUCCAAUCGCUUCUUAAGGGCCUAAUACGCACAUUUGAGGAGAUAUCUACGCCUGCAGGCCUACAAUCGGAUGGAGAAGAAAUAGGUCAACAAUUUGAUAAAACUUAUUGGGAAGAUUCAUUAGGGGUAACGCAUCGACAAAGCUCUAAUCUACAAAUAUGUGCCCAGCACCUAAACGACUUUCUAUCCCAAAUCAAUGAGGGUUCUAUAACGCCUGAUAAUGCCAUCGACAGUAUUAAAAACAACACGAUAAUAAAACAAGUGGAGAAGGACGUCGACAUCGUGAUGGCCGCGGAACACCUGAGGUUUGCAGCCGAAUCCCUUUCAAAGAUCACUGGCCGUGGUGAAGGUGGUGAUGUCGAGAGUGUGCUCGGAGUUGUGUUCGAAAAGUAA